AUGGUCCUGAGUGGCAGUGCAGCCCCUCCAUCUGUAGGGCCCCUGUGGCAGCCUGACCCUCAGGUACCAAUGUGGCCCAAAGUGUUGACCCAGACCCCUGGCAUCUUCACAGUCUUUGGUGGCAACAAGUUAGAGAAAUCAUCUCGGACUCUGGAUAUGGCAUCCUUGUGGCCUUUGGCGGCAACAUGGGUCAUGGACAUCAACACAGACCCCAAUGGAGCUGGGACCAUGGACCCAAACAUGGUUCCUGGCAGCAGCCUAGGUCAGGAUGUCACCAUGGCCCUAGGUGGCAGUGCAGGUCUCUCAGAUCAGCAUUGCUCCAGCGGCAGGGUGGCCCUUGGAUACCGACAUGGCCCCACUAGACCCUCAGUGGCAACAGGCAUAGUGGAUAUCAGCACGUACCCUGGCUGCGGUAAGACUGUGAACCUAGACAUGACCCUCAGCUGCAGCUCAGGCCUAGAAGCCUCCAUGGCCUCUGGUAAUUCAGGGUGGCCCCUGCAGUGGCAUGGCUCUUGGGCAUCAAUGUGGCACCCCAGACUCCAGAACCCUUCUGGCCAUUUCAGAGCAUCUAAUGCAUACUUCUGUGUGACUGACAGCAGCUUCAUGAAGCUCUCUGUUCGUUUGUCUUUAGCUGAGAGUGUGGAGUUAAGAUGCUCCUUCAGGUUUUUUCAUCUGUCAGUUGAGUAUUUGCUGUCUGCUCCCAAAGGACAACCCCCUUCUGACCGAGGAUCAGCACUUCCACCAGUGGCGACUCUCCCACAAGGCCAGGCAGGAGACCAACGUGUUUGCCCCGACUAUAUAGCUGGCAUGUCUCCCUUUGUGGAAAAUGACAUCUCCAGCCUCUCAGCGACCCUGCAGUGCAGUAGACUGUCCUGGGCCGUGCUGUGGGCCUGGGUAUUGGUCCUGGCAGCUGCAGUGCUGAUCCUAACCAGUUCUGCACUCUUCCACUUUGAUCCUCUCCUUAGAGAGAACCAGGGCUCCGGGGUCCCCACGUCUGGUCCCAACCUGUCCACCACAAGGCCAAUCCAGCAGGACCUGGGCCGCCAGGACUUGCCACUGGCCGAGGACCUUGACAACAUGAAGAAUAACAAGUUGGCCACCGGGGAGCCUGUCAGUCCCCACGACAGCCUGGGCCACAGUGGCCUUCCCCCAAGCCCCACCAAGAUCGGGAACAGCACCAACCCUGGUCCCACCUUGGCCACCAACCCCCAGAACGCUGCCAGCCAUAGGACGCCCAACAACCCGGGCGACCCGUCCAACCCCGGCCCCCCCAAGACCCCCGAGAACAGCCUUAUCUUCAUCAACCCCAGCAGCACUCAGCCCAACUCAGCGAAGACUGCCAGGAAACCCGAGCACAUGGCGGUGGAGAUCCCCCCAGCCUGCCCGCCCCUCAACCACACUGUGGUCCAAGUAAACAAAAAUGCUAACCCAGACCCACUGCCAAAGAAGGAGGAAGAGAAGAAGGAGGAAGAGGAGGCAGACCCCGGGGAGGACGGCCCAAAACCCAUGACGCCCUACAGCUCCAUGUUCAUCCUCUCCACCACCAACCCCCUUCGCUGGCUGUGCCAUUACAUCCUGAACCUGCGCUACUUCGAGAUGUGCAUCCUCAUGGUCAUUGCCAUGAGCAGCAUAGCGCUGGUUGCCGAGGAUCCUGUGCAGCCCAACGCGCCCCGCAACAACAUGAUCGACCUGGGCCUUGUCUUGCAUCAGGGGGCCUACUUCCGUGACCUCUGGAAUAUUCAGGACUUCAUAGUGGUCAGUGGGGCCCUGGUGGCCUUUGCCUUCACGUAAGUCUCCAUGAAAGGCUCCCCACCCCAAGUCUGAGUCCCGCUUUCAGAUGUGGGUCG